CGUGCGGCGUGUGAGGGGAGGUGGACGCGGAAGCGUAGCGCUGCGGGCGGCGAGAUGGGAUGCGAUGGCGGCACCAUCCCCAAGCGGCACGAGCUGGUCAAGGGGCCCCGCAAAGUCGAGAAGGUUGACAAAAAUGCUGAGUUGGUGGCAAGAUGGUACUACUGUGCUCUGAGUCAAGAGAAAUUACGUCGGCCAAUUGUAGCUUGUGAGUUAGGCAGAUUGUAUAAUAAAGAUGCUAUCAUUGAAUUUCUGUUGGACAAGUCAGCUGAUAAAACUCCUAUGGAAGCUGCAUCACAUAUCAAGAGCAUUAAGAAUGUAACAGAACUAAACCUUGCAGAUAAUCCAGCUUGGAGUGGUGACAAAGAGAGUAUAAAAGGUGACAAAUAUGAUGACAUCCAGUCUGCACGCUUUAUAUGCCCUGUGGUGGGAUUGGAAAUGAAUGGAAGACAUAGGUUUUGCUUCUUGAGAAACUGUGGCUGUGUGUUCUCUGAACGUGCUCUCAAAGAAAUUAAAUCAGAAGUUUGUCACAAGAAAUCAAAGAAAUGUAAGCCAGCAGAAUCAGCUUCUCAGCAAGAUACCACUGAAGAGUCUCCAGGUCCAUCAAAGGCUAAGAAUGGAAAGGAUUGUAUCAGUUCUAGCUCUGGGGAAAAGAGGCAGAUUAUCUUCACCAAAAGUUCAGAUAAUGGAAAUUCAUCUGUACCAGGAAAAGUCAAUAAGGCUUCUUCUACUACGAAGAGAUCCAUUGCAGACAGCGAGGAGAAAUCUGAGGCGUACAAAUCUAUUUUUACAUCACACAGCUCAGCAAAACGUUCAAAGGAAGAGUGUUCCAAUUGGAUUACUCACACAGCGUACUAUUUCUGAAACAAUGAUGAGCCUGAUUGUAACAUUCAUUACUUCUUUCCUUCCCUAAGGCUUUUUCUGUACAACUCUGAUACAGAACUUUUGUUGUAAUCUGAUGUUAUCUGGAAUUGUUCAGUUCAUAAGUUGUUUAUAAACUUGUGAAUAGCUAAUGAACUUGUGUUAGUUGCAGUUUCUGUUAAAUAAGAAAUAGAUCACCAGAACCCAUGUUGUAUCAGCUGAUAUCAUUCUAAAAUGAUGGAUUAUUUGCACAAAGAUUUUUCUUUUCUUCUCCCAGUUGGAUGCUGUCAUUCUUAGUCACACUAGCUAGCAUCCUCAGUAGUAGGAGUGAGGGUAGAAGGAUCUGCCUACUGUCCUCUUCUAUUGCUAUUUGCCACAACUGUAAUUAUAGUUUUCAACGUAUUAGUACAGAAAUUCAAACCUUUUGAAACUUUCUGACAGUAAAAAGAGCAAUAAUGCUUUUCUUUUGUACUAGCUAACCGGGCGCUCAGUAAAACUAGUAUAUGUUUCUUAAAGGUUCUGUAGGUAUUUUCAAGUAAUUUACCUUUAGAUGGAAUAUAUGAAAGCAUAAUAAUUAAAAUGUUUGUGCAACAUUCUUGUACAUAUUGUUGUAGCCUAUUUUUAAUAGCAGAGUAUUCAAUUCUAAACCAUUAUCUAUAAAAAUGAGCCUGUAAUAGUAAGGCUGUUUUCUUCCCAAAAAGGUUUUGGGAAUUUUCUUUGUGGGUGUGUGUUUUAAAGUUAGAAGUAUCGGGUCAAAGCUUGCUUUCUUUUGUCAGAGGAUCAGAAUACAGUGGAACAAAAGUAUGAGUUUCCUUACUUUUCUGCUGAAACAGUAAGGUUCUGUGUACAUCUCUGAAGGAGCAAUUUUCCAUUUUGAAUUCAGCAGCUUACAUGAAAAUAUGAGCAUUUGCACAGGGUGAGAGAAAAACAGGUGGUGACAGAAUAGGAGCAGGCAGAUCUUAACUGGCUUUUUAGGGAGAAAGGAUUGACCACCAGUGUCAUGCAAGUCAAACCCAUUGGUGGCUGAUGGAGGGAACGCUGCAAGGCUGGAGUUAGCUUCUGAGAACAUUUCUCUUUCAUUUUGUGGGCAACUGAAAUGUGCUGCUUUUACAACAUUUGUAGUACACAUUGUUUUAUUUUCUGACAUAAAAUUCUUAACAGCAAACAACUCUUCGACUUAAUUGCUUGUUACAGAAAGAUGCUAAGCACAGUAUGUCACUCAGUCUUGCUUUUAUAUUUAUGCUUUUUAUCCCUGUGACGUUGGUUUAAAUAAAACUUGCUCUUGUCAUAUGACCAUAACACUUCAUGUUCAGUUGAACAGAUAUACAAAUGCUUAUUUUGUUGGUGUUAGAACAG